AUUAAGUAAUAAGCAAAUUCAAAAUAAAAGAAAUGACUAAAACCAGUCAUAAGAAGAACCGUCCUUUCGAUUUUAAAUUAAUUGAUCUGGUGCAGCCGAAUCCUGUUCUAUAUAUGCGCCAAAUACCGGGUAUGUCUUCGUUUGAAAUCAUGAAAACAAAAAAUAAUAUAUGGCAACAGAUUGCCUUAGAAAUGGGUCAAGAGGUAAAGUUCUGUUUAUCACGUUGGAAUAAUCUAAGAGGGCAAUUCCAAAAAGAAUUACGGCAUUGUACUGAGCUUUGCCCCAAAAGUGGUAAAAUACGUGGAUCUAGUUGGCCUUAUUUAGAACGCUUGCGUUUUUUGGAGAAUACCUUACAAUAUAAUAAACCAAAAAAGCCACGCUUAAGUAAACGUAAGCAAGAACAACUGCAACAGAUGCAGGAUGAUUGGAAAGCUGACGACAGCGGCGAGAACAUGGAUAAAAUUUCAGACAUCGAAGACCAUAGUGUUCAAAAUAUAACGCAACAUAUCGGAGGAGAAGAUAACCCAGUAAACGAGUCAUAUACCGAAGAUUCUGAUUAUGGUUUAAUCGAGGAACUAGCGGAGGAAGUUAUGGGACCUGAUUCUUCGACAAUAUCUCCAAGUAACUUGAAAAAAAUAGAAGCUCUAUUAUUCGGUUUUGAAGGAGAAACCCGUAAUCGGGUAGAAAGGAGAAUAACUGCGUUUCUGUGCAAAUGUCAACUCAGAAUUUUAAAUCAAGAAGAUAUUGAUGAUUUAUGCCUGUAGCACAUACAGAAACACAACGCUCUUCCAGUGUACUUUUGGCUUUAUAAGAAACUCUUCACGUGACAGCUGAUCUAACAUAAGCACUUGAAUUCUUACGUAUUUGACCAG